AGUGUCUAAUAGAACACGCUCACUUCUGGAAUAAGUUUAGCAUUUUCGAAGUAGAGCCUCCAUGCAUUUGUAGGAAAAGCAUGCCGACCAUGAUGCAGACAGCCGAGUGACGUGAUAUGGGGAAGUAGUGGACGAUAUGCCACGCCUCUCUGCGCGAGGCGGGGACCGACCGCGAGUCAGCGGUGGACUGAAGCCUUCAGAAGAAGCUCGCAGGACGUCUUGCUGGUCCGCACGGCUCGUCUGGACGCAGAAGGUCCUUCAAAAUGGCAUACCACAGUCCUUACAGAGCACCUCCGACGAUCAACGCCCCACCGGACCAAAGCUUUCUGUGGAAUAUCUUCCAGAGGGUGGACAAGGACAGGAGUGGAGUGAUAUCGGACACUGAGCUUCAGCAGGCCUUAUCAAAUGGUACUUGGACUCCCUUCAACCCGGUGACGGUGCGCUCCAUCAUCUCCAUGUUUGAUCGGGAGAACAAAGGCGGAGUCAAUUUCAACGAGUUCGCCGGCGUGUGGAAGUACAUCACGGACUGGCAGAACAUCUUCCGCACCUACGACCGCGACAACUCGGGCUUCAUCGACAAGAACGAGCUAAAGCAGGCGCUGACUGGAUUCGGUGAGCAUCAAAGCUACCGUCUGUCUGACCAGUUCUACGGCACGCUCAUAGAGAAGUUUGACCGCCAGAGGAAGGGACAGGUGGCCUUCGACGACUUCAUCCAGUGCUGCAUCGUACUACAGAGGCUGACAGACGUCUUCCGCCGCUACGACACGGACCAGGACGGCUGGAUCCAGGUGUCCUACGAGCAGUACCUGUCCAUGGUCUUCAACGUCGUAUAACGGCACCCUGAGAACCGCGGGCGCACACAACAAGGAGCACAACUGGACACAACCGUGCCAAAGCAAACGGCACCCCCCCCCCUCCUCCUCAUCCAUCCUCCUCUUCCUCCCCCCGUACCUCCUUAUGCACAACUCUACAAGAUUCCUUUUAUUUAAAACAUUAACGUUUUCUUUCUUUUGUACGACCUCCUGAAUCCGCAGGCCGUAAGUCCAUGUUGCAGCAACUGAAUGGUUUACACGGUUUGCUGAUAAACUUUUAACUCCCGAGAGAAAAUAAUAGAAACGUAAUAAAAGCGUUGGAUUCCUUCCGAGACAUGCAGUGCCCCCCCAAACCCCCCCUCCGUCCCAUCCAUCGCCUCGCAGUCUUUUUUUUACGUGAUGUUCGAUCACACAUCGGGAAUCUAGUGGAUGCCCUGUUAUUUGCAACCUCGCCAUUACAACAUACAGAAUAUUAUUGAUAACGGCUACAUUUUUAUUUAUUUUUUCCUUAUAGAAGAGAAAAUCUUGUAGUGCUUAUUUCAAGACCAAUUUGGUUAAAAAAAAAUAAACGGGGGGUGUGGGGUAGUGGGUGUUCCGGCUGAGGAACCAUUAAGGACAAUACUCUGUCGGUCUUGUCCUCCCAAUGUCCAUUGUCGAUAACGGUUGUUGGAUGUCUUAAUUAUUGUUAUUCUUACAAACAGACCUGACUAUCUGUGCUUACAGUAUACAUGAAUUGUAUUGUAAAUAUCAUUUAGGGUGCAUCGCAUGCUUUUUCGGGUUCAACCCCCAAUGUUGAAGCAUGCUUCCUCAUUUUUCCGAGAUUUACUUUGCUCAAAGCCAUGUUUACAAAAACUGUGAGAGCAGGCGAUGACCUGCUUUGAGAUUCACUGACAUGCCAGCUUACAUGCCAUAUAUUUGUAUAAACGUAUUUUUAACCAGUAAAUCCAUCUAUAUGUUAGAGCGAUUCAUUUUAGGUUGUGAAUAAGCAUACGGUUUUCGUGUGGCUUAUUUAUGUGCAUGAUGCCUUAAGAGCUGUUAAAAAUAAAAACACAAGCAAAAGAGGAGUCUCUUUUAUUAAAAAAAACAAUUAAAAAUUG